AUGGUUGUUGACACGGCCUACUACGAUACGCUAGGCGUCCAGCCCACCGCGACCGAGCUCGAGAUCAAGAAGGCCUACAGGAAGCUGGCUAUCGUCCACCAUCCUGAUAAGAACCCCAAUGAUCCCACCGCGCACGAGAAGUUCCAGGCCAUCGGCGAGGCCUACCAGGUCCUCUCCGACACGGACCUGCGCAAGGCCUACGACAAGUUCGGCAAGGAUGCCUCCAAGCCCUCCGAGGGCUUCGUCGACCCUGCCGAGUUCUUCACUAGCAUCUUUGGAGGCGAGGCCUUUGUCGACUGGAUCGGAGAGAUCUCCCUCAUGAAGGACCUGACGGCCACCAUGGACAUCACCAUGGCCGAGGAGGAGGCUGCCGCCGCCGAGGCCGAGGCCAACGCCGCUGCUGCUGCAGACGAAGAAUUCCCCGGCACCGCCGAGGCGAUGAAGGAGAGCAAGGCUGCUGCCGACGCAGCGGCGGCGGCGUCAUCGUCAGAGGCUGGCGGCCACGCCAAGCCGCCCAAGGUCGUGGUGGAGGACGAGAAGAGCGCGCAUGGUCCCACCGGCGCAUACGACAAGGAUGCACAGGAACCCCCGCCGGCGUACUCGGGACGGACACCCUCGCCCUCGCCCUCGGGCUCCGCGACACCCAACCUGAACGCUUCGGGCCGCAACACCCCGAGCAGCCGGCACGCCAUCCCGCUGCGCCCGGCCCUCAUGGACCGGCCGUCGGACGAGGCCGGCCACGUCUCCGAGGAGGCCGGCAAGGACCUCAAGGGCAAGGACAAAGCCAAGGACAAGGAGAAGGAGCGCAAGAAGCGCGAGCAGCUCCUGGCGUACGAGAAGGAGCGCGCGCUCGUGCGGCAGAAGCGCGUCGACACGCUCGUCUCCAAGCUGCUCGACCGCGUGUCGGUCUGGACCGAGACGGACAAGGGCGCCGACGUCACGCGCGCCUUCCAGGAGAAGACGCGGCUCGAGGUCGAGGACCUCAAGAUGGAGUCCUUCGGGCUCGACAUCCUGCACGCCAUCGGCCAGACGUACGUCAGCAAGGCGACGGCGCUGCUGCGCAGCCAGAAGAUGUUUGGCAUGGGCGGCUUCUUCAGCCGCAUCCGCGACAAGGGCACGCUGGUCAAGGAGACGUGGAACACGAUCAGCAGCGCCAUCGACGCGCAGCAGACGAUGGAGGAGAUGGCGCGCAUGGAGGAGAAGGGCGGCGAGGACUGGACCGACGAGCGCCGCACCGAGUACGAGCGCCGCGUCACGGGCAAGAUCCUGACGGCGGCGUGGCGCGGCUCCAAGUUUGAGAUCCAGAGCGUGCUGCGCGAGGUGUGCGACGCCGUCCUCAACGACAAGAAGGUGCCGCUGGCCAAGCGGCUCGAGCGCGCCGAGGCCCUGGUGCUGAUUGGCGAUGUGUGCAACAAGGCAAAGAGGACGCCAGAGGAAGAGGGCGACUACAUGGCCUUUGAGCAGCUCGUCGCCGAGGCGGCCAUCAAGAAGGACAAGGAGAAGAAGGAGAAGAAGGGCAAGAAGCACCACGACCCGGCUGCGGGCGCGGGCACUGCCACGGCCGCGUCGCACGAGGACAAGGCGGCGGCUGCGGCGGCGGACGCGCCCAACGUGCCCAAGGCGUCUUAG